AUGAAAGCUCUCUUGUAAUAAACUAUGCAAUAAAUUAAAUUAGACUAAGAAUUGAAGAAACUUUUAGCUCAUAGAAGUGAUUCUUAAGAUAUUUUAAUGAAAUUAUAAUCGAUCUUUGAAUAGGCGCUUGAUGAUCAUACGGAAUUAUAUUGGAAGAAAGAACAUGCUCAUACGAAAGCACAAUUGGAAUGCUCUAUUUAAGAAUGCCUUUCAUUAAGACAUGAUUUAAGAGAGAUGGAUGAGGAUAGAACAGAAAAGUAAAAAAUAAUCAAAGAACAAAAUUAAUAAAUAAAUGAAUUGUAAGAGGCCUUGGAAGAAAUCGAAUAGAAAUUAAAUAUUAUGCAAGAAAAUGUGUUGUAAUAAAAAUAAGAAUUGGCUGAGGAAUUUGAACAAAAUUUGAAUUAAAUAUAAGAUAGUUAUAAAUAAAAAGAAUAAGAGUAAUUUUAAAAUUUAUAAUAAAAACUGGCAGAAUUGGAAUAUGUAGUUAGCGAUUAAUAAGCUGCUUUAACAAAAGAAAGAGAAUUGUAGCAACAUGCUGUGAAGGAUUUUAAGUAAUUAAAGGCAUCACUAAAAACCGAAUAGGAAACAGUAACAUAAUUAAGAUAAUAAAUACAGAGCAUGAAAAAAACAAAUGAGACCUUAAAUAUUGAUAAGCAAUGCUUGGAAAAUAGGUCAAAGCAAUAGAAAUAAUAAAAUGAAGCACAAUAUAAAUAAAUAAAAUCCUUAGAAACUAAAGUAAUAGACAUAACUGAAGAGUUGGAAAGGUAUAAGAAAAAGUAUCAAUAAGAAUAAGCUAAUAUAAAAACAUAACAAAAUGAUCAAGAGAAAAUCUAUAAGAGGAAAUUGAGAAAUUAUAAACUCAAGGUGGAUGAAAUUAGGAAUAAAAUUAAAUCAAAUUUACAAAAGAUAUUUUAGAGUCUAAAAUUGGAUAUGGAAACAUUUAGAUUAUAAAUAUUAAAAGAGUUACAACUGGUUUCAACAUAAACUUGUUAAAUGGUGGCUAAAUAAUUGAAAUUGGAUAAUGAUUUAGCCUAAAGAGAAUUCUCUGAUAAAAUGGAAUAAAUUAGAUAUUCAAUGUAAUCUCAUUUUAAAAACACUUUAGAAAAACAAAUUUAAGAAUUUGAAUCUAAAGAUAUUCAAAUGAAGAAUGAGUAUGAAUUAAUCAUCAAGACUUUAAAGGCUUAAAUAUAGGGUCUUGAAGAUGUAUAAAAGGAUUUAGAAAGAGAGAUUUAGUUAAAAUAAAUGGAAUCUUAAGAAAACUAAUUAAAUUUAUAAGAGAAGGUAGAAAUAUUGACAGAAUAAUAAAAAUAACUAUAAGAACUGUCAAAUCAAGCAAAAGACUAAUUGAAUUUGUUGAUGGAAUAGGAAGAAUAGAUUAAAGCUUUGAGGGAGUAGAAUGAAAAGUAUUCUCGUAAGGCAAUGCAAUAUGAAGAUUAUGUAAGUAAAUAAGCAAUUUUAUACUAAUCCCAAAAGGUUGAUGAAAAGAUGUUUAGAAAGCAAUAUGAAGAUGUUACAGAAUCAAAUUAACAUUUAAAAAAAUAAAUUAAAAUUUUGUAAGAACAAUAACAAAGCGACUAAUUUGCUAUAACCAAACUAAAAACUUAGGUUUCAUCAGCCAAAUUAAAUACUAUAAAAGAUGUUGAAGAAAGACAUUUAAUAAGACUAUAAAAUAUAAGAAAAAUCUGA